AUGGCUCCCGGCAUCCUACAGCCUUCGCAAGGGGAGCUUGAUAUAGCUUCCCCCGCAAAAGCUCCUGCUACUUCUUUGGCACAACUUACUGAAGAAUGGGACGACACCAUUCGCUUUUAUCUCAAUGGAACGAAGGUGGUUUUGGACUCUAUUGAUCCUGAAAUCACUCUGUUGGAGUAUCUGAGGGGUAUUGGGUUAACAGGGACAAAGUUGGGAUGUGCAGAAGGUGGCUGCGGUGCUUGCACAGUGGUGGUCUCUCACAUAAAUCCGACUACGAAGAAACUCUAUCAUGCCUCUGUGAAUGCCUGUAUUGCACCGGUAGUUGCUGUCGAUGGCAAGCACGUGAUAACGGUGGAAGGCAUUGGUGAUGUGAAGAACCCCCAUGCGGUUCAGCAGCGGUUGGCAAUUGGGAACGGAAGCCAGUGUGGUUUCUGUACUCCAGGAAUUGUUAUGAGCCUUUAUGCCCUCCUACGAAACGACCCCAAGCCCUCCGAGCACGCGGUAGAAGAGGCUUUUGACGGAAAUUUAUGUCGCUGUACUGGCUAUCGACCGAUUCUCGAUGCCGCCCAAAGUUUUACUAGCCCCGCCGGUUGUGGAAAGUCCCAGGCAAAUGGUGGUACUGGCUGUUGUAUGGAGAAACCGAAUGGCACGAACGGAUGUUGCAAGGGCCCUUCGCUAGAAGCCACCGACAAUAUUGCUCACAAAUUUGCUUCUCCCGAUUUUAUCGACUACAAACCCGACACAGAAUUGAUUUUUCCCCCGACCCUCUGGAAGCAAGAGCUACGUCCACUAGCUCUUGGGAACAAACGAAAGAAGUGGUAUCGGCCGGUCACCAUACAGCAACUCCUAGAGAUUAAAAGCGUCCACCCCGAUGCAAAAUUGAUUGGUGGGAGUACCGAGACACAAAUUGAAAUCAAGUUCAAGCAAAUGCGUUAUAGUGCCUCUGUUUAUCUCGGCGACCUUGCUGAACUCCGCCAAUUUUCCCUCCAUGAUGACUACUUGGAGAUUGGUGCCAACAUUUCAUUGACCGAUCUUGAAUUGGUCUGUGACCAGGCAGUUGAUCGCUAUGGUCCAAUUCGCGGCCAGCCAUUCAUCGCCAUCAAAAAGCAGCUCCGGUAUUUUGCUGGAAGGCAAAUCAGAAACGUAGCAUCACCAGCCGGAAAUCUGGCGACCGCAUCUCCUAUCUCCGAUCUCAACCCCGUAUUUGUGUCUACAAACACGACCUUGGUUGCUAGAUCAUUAGAGAAGGAGACAGAGAUCCCAAUGACCCAGUUCUUCAAGGGUUAUCGGUCCACAGCGCUCCCACCAGACGCUAUCAUAUCACACUUACGCAUUCCGACUGCAGCAGAGAAUGGAGAGUAUAUGCGAGCUUAUAAACAAUCCAAGAGGAAGGACGAUGAUAUCGCAAUCGUGAACGCUGCUUUGCGUUUGUCACUCUCGCCGUCCAACGUCGUCACAAGCGUGAAUCUAGUUUUUGGUGGGCUGGCACCCUUAACAGUAUCUGCGCGGAACGCGGAAGCCUUUCUUGAUGGGAAGAUACUCACCGACCCGGCAACUCUCGAAGGUGUUAUGGGUGCUCUAGAGCAAGAUUUCAACUUAAAGUUCGGUGUCCCCGGUGGUAUGGCUACAUACCGCAAGUCCCUUGCGCUUGGGUUCUUCUAUCGAUUUUAUCACGAUGUUUUAUCGCAGCUCGAGGUCAAAAGCACAGACGUGGAUGAUAGUGUAGUUGCCGAAAUCGAACGAGCAAUAUCCUCAGGAGAGAAGGACCACGAAGCUUCAGCAGCCUACCAACAGAGGGUCGUGGGACGAGCAGGCCCUCACGUCUCGGCUUUGAAACAGGCAACCGGAGAAGCCCAGUACACCGAUGACAUUCCUGCACAGAAGAACGAAUUAUAUGGAUGUAUGGUCCUAUCUACAAAGCCACACGCCAAGCUUCUGAGUGUCAAUCCAGAAGCAGCUCUAGAUAUCCCUGGAGUGGCCGAAUAUGUGGAUCAUACAGAUCUUCCAUCUCCAAAGGCAAACUGGUGGGGUGCCCCCAAUUGCGACGAGCUCUUCUUUGCAGUUGAAAAGGUUACCACUGCUGGGCAGCCGAUUGGAAUGAUACUUGCAAAUUCAGCAAAGGCAGCUGAAGAGGGUGCGAGGGCCGUGAAGGUCGAAUAUGAAGAUUUACCGGCGAUUUUGAGCAUUGAAGAAGCCAUCGAAGCGGAGUCCUUUUUCGAACAUUCCCGCUAUAUCAAGAAUGGAGAUCCGGAGGGUGCCUUUAAGGACGCGGACCACGUGUUUGAGGGUGUAUCGCGGAUGGGCGGCCAGGAACACUUUUACUUGGAAACCCAGGCUUGUGUGGCCGUCCCUAAGCCGGAAGAUGGCGAGAUGGAAAUUUGGAGCGGUACCCAGAAUCCAACAGAAACGCAAACAUAUGUGGCACAAGUAACCGGCGUAGCCGCCAACAAAAUUGUGUCAAGAGUUAAGCGCCUCGGUGGAGGCUUUGGUGGCAAAGAGACACGCUCAGUCCAGCUGGCAGGUAUAUGCGCCACUGCUGCAGCAAAAAUGAGACGCCCAGUGCGUUGCAUGCUUAAUCGGGACGAAGAUAUUGCGACUUCUGGACAACGUCACCCAUUCUAUUGCCGAUGGAAAGUCGGGGUUACCAAGGAGGGCAAACUCCUUGCCCUCGAUGCAGACGUAUACGCAAAUGGCGGACACACCCAAGAUCUCUCUGGCGCUGUCGUGGAGCGCAGCUUAUCCCACAUUGACGGGGUCUAUAGAAUCCCGAAUAUGUACGUCCGGGGCCGGAUUUGCAAGACGAACACGGUCUCGAAUACUGCAUUCCGUGGCUUUGGUGGCCCACAGGGCCUAUUCUUUGCGGAAUCGAUCAUUUCCAAGGUCGCAGACCACCUUGAUAUCCAGGCAGAGGAGCUCCGAAUAUUGAACAUGUACGAGCCUGGAGACAAAACUCAUUUCAACCAAGAGCUCAAGGACUGGCACGUUCCCUUGAUGUACGACCAGGUCCUGCAGGAAAGCUCGUAUCUAGAACGCCGCAAGGCCGUGGAGGAGUAUAACCAGGCGCAUAAGUGGUCCAAGCGUGGGAUGGCCAUUGUCCCAACGAAAUUCGGCAUCUCGUUCACAGCAUUAUUCCUAAAUCAGGCCGGUGCCCUGGUACAUAUCUACCACGACGGCAGUAUACUUGUCGCACACGGCGGCGUCGAGAUGGGCCAAGGCCUGCACACGAAAAUGACCAUGAUCGCAGCCGAAGCCCUGGGCGUACCACAGUCCGAUGUCUUCAUCUCCGAAACAGCCACGAACACCGUGGCCAACACCUCAUCCACAGCCGCAUCGGCCAGCUCCGACCUGAACGGGUACGCCAUCUUCAAUGCCUGCUCACAAAUAAACGAUCGUCUCGCUCCCUACCGCGAGAAAAUGCCCAACGCCAGCAUGAAAGAGCUUGCCCACGCCGCAUACUUCGACCGCGUCAACCUCUCCGCCCAGGGAUACUACCGCACGCCAGACAUCGGAUACGUGUGGGGCGAAAAUAAGGGCCAGAUGUUCUUCUACUUCACGCAGGGCGUCACAGCCGCAGAGGUCGAAAUCGACACCCUCACGGGUGACUGGACGCCGCUACGCGCCGAUAUAAAAAUGGACGUCGGCCGCACGAUCAACCCCUCCAUCGACUACGGGCAGAUCGAGGGCGCCUAUAUCCAAGGGCAGGGCCUCUUCACAACUGAAGAAAGCCUCUGGCAUCGCAGCUCAGGCCAGAUCGUCACCAAGGGCCCUGGGAACUACAAGAUCCCUGGGUUCAGGGAUAUCCCGCAGAUUUUCAAUGUCAGUCUUUUGAAAGACGUGGAGUGGGAGAAUUUGCGUACGAUUCAGCGUUCUCGUGGCGUAGGCGAGCCGCCGCUUUUCAUGGGUAGUGCCGUGUUCUUUGCUAUUCGUGAUGCGCUUAAGGCUGCAAGGAAGGAAUGGGGGGUUACUGAUGUGUUGCAGUUGCAGAGCCCUGCUACGCCUGAAAGGAUUAGGGUUAGCUGUGCAGAUCCGAUUAUUGAGAGGGUGAGGGUUGUCCCUGAGGUGGGGGAGGAGAGUUUCUUUGUUGCCAUUUGA